CGCGCACGCCCGGAAGCUCAUAUAGGAGGCUCCCAGCAGAGAAGCGGCGGAGCGCGCACCGGACCAGCUCGUUAACUUGCUAUGUCCCCUCCCCUCAUUCUUCAGCUUCAGCAGCAGCCAGACAUCGACCUACCGGCUAAAGAGAGGCUCCUCCACCUCCAGCACUCCAGACAGACUUAGACUGGUCGUCAUCGUCUGUUUUUACUCCGGAGACUGCGGAUUUUGUCCCUGGUUUAUUUCCCAGAGGAUAGGCUACUGAGAGUGCGCACCGCCUCCCCGAGACAAACUAAGUGUACGGACAUUAAGUCUGCUGUUAUAUUUAUUUUAUAGCUGGGGACUCAAAUCCUCUAGCAUUGUGUCGGUCCAGCCGUCCUCUCUUCCACCCCCCCUCCGGUUUAACUGCACCGGUCAGACUUGGAAAGAGCAACAGCCUCCACCGGCGCAUCAGUGAGGUAGAAAAGCCCUACAUCGAGCUGCAGUCAUGGAUGAGUGGGACGUACCCCAGAUGAAGAAAGAGGUGGAGAGCCUCAAGUACCAGCUGGCCUUCAAACGAGAGAAGUCCUCCAAAACAGUGACUGAUUUGGUAAAGUGGAUAGAGGACGGCGUCCCCGAGGAUCCCUUCCUGAACCCGGAGCUGAUGAAGAACAACCCCUGGGUGGAGAAAGGAAAGUGCAUCCUUCUCUAGAAGAAAAAAACAACAACCACCCUGCCACAACCUUUCAACUCUAACCAACACACAGAUGACCCCUGAACCCGACCCUCCUGUCCCAGCCUGUGAAAGCCAUGGCAGGACAGCGCCUCCUAACGUCUCACCGUGAAUGUACGACAGCUGAUGUCCCCCAACUUCCCUGUCCACACACUCCAACAAAGGCACAAAAACACACUACAAACUUUUUUUUUUUUUUUUCCUGACCACCACGCAUCUACUGCAAGUUUAUUCCUGCCACGGCAAUGCAUCAUUACUAUGAUAUAUGAUGACGAUGAUCAAUACUCCUAUUACAUGUCUCUGUAUGAUAGAUGACGACUUAUUUAUGCAGCUGCCAGUCACACACUUUCUCUCCUCUUACAAUCUCUACUCUUCAUUGUGAGAGUAGCAGCUUUUUUCCUUCUAUUUUUGAUAAGUUGUAAAAUUCUCACUUCCAGACUCACUGCAGAUCUGCUGAGGGAACUUUUUUCCACGUUGAGAUAGAACUACUUGCUCUCACAAAAUGAUAAUAAAACCUAGGCACUUUUUAAAUUGAAAGUCAAUAGAUUGCAAACUGUAGUUGACAAAAUAACUAACCUCGUUACAACAAAACUAUUCAUAAGAACCUAUGAAGAUUUAUAAUUGAAUGAAAAUGAUUUAAAGUAAAUACAGAAUACUUAUUUUCCAAGGAUUUGCUGUUGUCGUCUUACAGACAAUGGUUUUAAUGUUUCACAAUUCCCCUAAGUUAGAAAUCUACCUUAAAAGACACGUCGGACCUUCAUGUAAAGGACUUUAAGACUCCUGACUGUAGCGUAGAUAUUGAUUAAAUCCACAAGUGAUUUAACACACUUAUAUUUACAGAUAUCAAAUUGCUUGGUUUUCCUGGGCUACAUGUAUGUUGGGUUUACUCCAGGUUAGACGGUGGUGGUAAUGCACGCUGUAGGUGUAGGUGGCCCGAUCCGUAUGGAAAACCCAAUCUGUUUGUUGACUAAUUACUUAAAGGUAAAAUGAGUAGGAUUUUUUUUUUGGUUUGUAAACGCACUCUCAUUUUGGAACCAGCUUUGUGCGUUUGGUAUUUGGCCUCAUUAUAUUUUAAAUAUACAUCCAAGGCCCACAUCCAAUAGGAAGCUAUGAAAAUGGCUGUUUUCAUAGCUUCCUAUUGGAUGUGGGCCUACAAUCUGGUACCUGGUCGCUGCUUUUUAACACAGCAAAAUGUUUAAAAAAAAGACAAAAUACAGGCAGAGAGCAGGAUCUUUGCAGAUAUGAACACCACCACACACUUCUAGUGGGUCAUAAGUGCUGACUGAGAGGAAUUAUUUUUGUCUUUACAAUGGUUUUAAGGAAAAUCCUACUCAUUGUGCCUUCAACCUUAAUACGUAAAACCACAAAUUGUACUAACAAAUGAUCCCACUGUUACGGAUCAGAUCCUUUAAAGAUAAAGAAGUGGAAGCCAUCUAAUGAGUUGCUUAAAAGGAGUCAGUAUGCUUGACUCAAACUAGUGUCGUCUGACUGUGACGUAGCUGCCAGGGUUUGAGAACUAAGAAAGGAUCAUUAUCAUAUUGCAUUUGUGUUUUCAGCGUUUACUUCUAUCUUCCCGCUGUGACUACGGUUUUCCUACAUGUGUAGUUUGGAUUUCACACAAAAUUUUAAAGCAUGGUUAUCGCAUUUACAUUCUAAAAAGACGAGAACUGCAACCAGUUUUGUUUGCUUCAAUGUCAUUAGAUCGCAAAGUUUAAUAGCAGCUCCGUUUGUGUUGUCAAAGCAGAUUGAAGCUAUGGGUCUCUGGGGGGUGGUGGGGGGUGCUUCUUUUCCUCCUUAGCUACACACUCUAAGGACAACACACCGCAUCAAACAAGCCAUGCACACACACGCUAUCUCUCUCCACACAGACAAAACCCCUUUAACUUAACUUAUUAACUUAUUGAUUAAUACUUGGAUUAUUUAUUUAUUUAUUUAUUGACUGAGGUUGGAUUUUUUUCCCCUCAACUCACCUUUUUCACUCCCUUUCCUCAUACCCCUCUCCCUCCCCCAAAAAAACAAUAAAUGACCACACACACACAAAAAAAAAAAGACUAAACCUUGCCAGAUCACCGUCUACUACUGCCUUGUACACAGUUUCCUUAAAACGAGAAUGUAAAUAUGUGGCAUGAUAACCACUGACCUCAGAACUGGCCUGUGUGUGCGUGCACGUGACUGUAAUUGUGAUUUUACGUGUGCGUAUUUAUUUUCUUUAAAACCAAAAAAUGCAUACAUUUGAACAUUAAGCUCCCUUGUGGAUUGACACACACAUACUGUACUGUACAUGCACACACACACACACACAUGCAGCUGUGUCACACACACAGGCAAGCCUGAGGCUGAGCAGAACACACACACACACACUGAGAAUGUGUAUGAGGGGAGGUGUAGCAAGGAUGUGGGAUUCUCUAAUCUACUUGGGACAGGGGAGCCUCACAUCAUCUCAGUACUGUAAUGAGUCUCAUUAUAUACAUUUUCUUCAAGAUGACCCGGCUCCCAAAAGGCUACUCAGCGCUUGGAUCACUUUGGUCAUUUAAUGUAAAACUGCAAAUAUUUAAUUUACCUAUAAAAAAAAUUAAAAAAACUCAAUUUCAACAAUGACGCGGUCCAUGACGUGCUAAUAAAUUAUUCAAUUUUUUAUCAAACAUGCAUGCAUCUAUCUUAGACCCGCGCUUCAUAUGUUCUAUAAAACAUGUCAGACUAGCAAAGUUUCCAUCCAAUCAUACUGACAUGUUUCAGAUUUAUUAAAAAUCCUUUUUGGGAACAAAGAAAAACUGCAAAUGUAAAAUUGUAUCACUGUAGCUGAAGUGAGACCGGUGAAUUUCGGAUGUCCAGUACAACAAUAAGCUUAUUAUGCAACAUGACGACUCCAAAUGGAGCCAUUUUUAUAAAGUCUUUGGUUCACUGGCAUGUUAAGUAUACACCUCCCUUAUUUUAUUUUAUUUUUUAUUUCAUUUGAUUUUUAUUGAAUAGUUUAGGUGUUGGAAAGUACAAUGUGUGUUAACUAGUUGACAGAAUGAUGCUAAAGCUUUGUGUUAUAAUCUAGCCUCGUAAUUUCAUAAUAAAUGCAUGAAGAGGGACUUUUAAAACGGCUUCCAAGGUACAAAGAACUACAGUUCUGAGCUUCAGGUUUGUAGCUUCCUCCAGUGUUGAGUUUAUUCUCUCUUCCAACAUGGGUUUUAAACUUUUUGUUCUCUUACAACACCACUGGAAAUGCAACAAAUGCUGUCCUCUACAGUCUUACAGCAGCUCCAAAAGUACACGAGACGAUUCCUGAGUCUGCCUGUCCCUUAUCUGUUUUCUGUUCAGCAACUGUAACUUUAUUUGGUUUGUUUUUAUAUAAUCUCAACAUGCAUACGUAUGUAAGUUAUUACUAUUAUAAUGGAAGCAUAAAAUCUUGUCUAAAUAUCUAGCAACCUAUUCCUUGUAAGAGUGCUUUGGGAAAAAAAUAUUAUGCAUCUGAUCAAGUCCUAGUGUAAAGAUGACAAUGAGCAAUAAAUUAAAGAUCAUUUUUUAUUGAAUGUUUUACAAAAACAUUUAUGUUAUUGAAUAAAGUAGAAGAUUUUUAGACAA